AUGGCCAACGAACAAAAAGGGCGUUCAACAACCUGCAUCCUGUCCCUUCCGACCGAGGUGCUAUCCGAGGUGCUUGCACGUGUCGCAUCUUGUUCAUCCACUGAUCUUUUCCGGGCAAAACUAUGCUGUAAGUUGUUUUACGAAGUUUCGGACGCAGACAACAUUUACCACCGGGUGUCACUGGACAAGUUUGAAAUCGUUCCGUGGUCAAAAAACGACCAAGUGUCGAGGUUCUUGAAGAAGUGUAGAGAAAGCAAAAAUCCAGAAGCCUUGUAUCGAAAAGGAGUGGUUGAUUAUUUUACGGACAAGCAUGAGGGCUCAGCAUUGCAAUGCCUGGAAGAAGCUACCAAUUCGGGCCAUGUCGAUGCGGCAUAUGUGUUGGGAAUAAUUUACAUCUUUGUUGGUGGGGACGAGUUAAAGCGCAAAGGUAUGCGACUGCUGAGCGGGUUGAAGAAAUCCAGAAUUCUGAAAGCCAGAAAUCAAUGUUGUCGUGACAAUUUGCGAUCGCUGCUGAGGAUGAUAUGGGUCAAGAACCCCUUAUUUCUAAACCCAACGCCCAUUUGUUGUGCCAUGACACACGAGAGGAAAACAUCUUCAUGGCCUAUGGAUGCCGAUGACGUGGAGGAGAGUACAUGUGAAGGCUGCGCUUGCGAUGAAGAAAUUGGAGCAAUUUGUGAUGCCCUACCUUAUCGUUAG